AGGAGAUCCUGGCGGCUCGUGGAGAAAGGAGGGUGGAUGUUUGCAAUCUGAGAAGGCCGCAGAAACACUGUAGUGUCACUGCUAGGACACCGGUAAGAUGUCAUGGCGUCCGACCUACCGAAGCUCCAAGUUUCGAAAUGUCUACGGAAAAGUAGCCAACCGGGAGCACUGCUUCGACGGUAUUCCCAUCACCAAGAAUGUCCAUGACAACCACUUCUGUGCCGUCAACUCCAAGUUCGUGGCAGUCGUCACAGAGAGUUCCGGAGGGGGCUCUUUCAUCGUUAUACCUUUAUCCCAGUCAGGCCGUCUGGAUUCUCAUCAGCCGAAAGUGUGUGGCCACCAAGGCAAUGUGCUGGACAUCAAGUGGAAUCCCUUCUUUGAAAACAUCAUAGCAUCCUGCUCUGAGGACACCUCGGUGCGAGUAUGGGAGAUCCCAGAAGGUGGUCUGAGGCGCAACAUGUCAGAGGCGGUGCUGGAGCUGUAUGGUCACAGCAGACGGGUGGGUCUGAUUGAGUGGCACCCCACCAGCAGCGGCAUCCUCUUCAGCGCCGGCUACGACUACAAGAUCCUGAUCUGGAACCUGGAGAUCGGGGAGCCAGUAAAAAUGAUUGACUGCCACACUGACGUCAUCCUCAGCAUGUCCUUCAACACAGACGGUAGCUUGCUGGCCACCAGCUGUAAAGACAAGAAGCUGCGUGUCAUUGAGCCACGCUCUGGGAGAGUCCUUCAGCAAGCCAGUUGUAAGAACCACCGCGUAAACCGCGUGGUGUUCCUGGGCAACUUGAAGCGGCUGCUCACCACAGGGGUUUCACGCUGGAACACGCGACAGAUCGCUCUCUGGGAUCAGGAGGAUUUGUCCAUGCCAAUUGUGGAGGAGGAUAUAGACGGCCUCUCAGGACUGCUGUUUCCUUUCUAUGAUGCUGACACACACAUGUUGUACCUGGCAGGCAAGGGGGACGGCAACAUACGUUACUUUGAGAUUACCACAGAGAAACCGUACAUCCAGUACCUAAUGGAGUUCAGGUCCCCGGCCCCACAGAAAGGACUAGGUGUGAUGCCAAAGCACGGGCUGGACGUGUCAGCCUGUGAGGUGUACCGCUUCUACAAGCUGGUCACCUUGAAGGGCUUGAUCGAGCCUGUUUCCAUGAUUGUGCCAAGGAGGUCAGACACAUACCAGGAGGAUAUCUACCCCAUGACAGCAGGAACAGAACCUGCGCUGUCUGCCAGCGAAUGGCUGAGUGGCAUUGAUAGAGACCCAGUCUUGAUGUCUCUGAAGGACGGUUACCACCGGCCAAGCCAGUUAGUGUUCAAGGCCCCAGUGAAGGAAAAGAAGAGUGUGGUUGUGAAUGGGAUCGACCUGCUGGAGAACGUACCGCCCAGGACAGAGAACGAGCUCCUGCGGAUGUUCUUCCGGCAGCAGGACGAGCUGCGGCGGCUUAAAGAGGAGUUGACCACCAAGGAUGUGCGAAUACGCCAGCUGGAGCUGGAGCUCAACAACUUGAAGAACGUUAGCCCCAACAACGUCUGACCUCUAAGCCUUCUGAACUGGCAAAGCUGCUUGCUUUGCCUCCAAUUCUGACCUCCAACCAGUUUCUGAGCCCUUCCCCCAUUUUUUUUUUAUAUAUCACACUACAGUAUAUCAUAACUUCAUCCCUGCUGCCCCGCAUAGUGCACACAAUAAUAUGAUAACUGUUGGAUAAUGUCUUAAUUACUGGAAUAUUGUAAUAAUGACAAAUAUGUUACACAAUGGAGGCAUGGCAGUGUUCAUGGAUUGCCACUUUAACAUUAAAUUGAUGAUCAUGAUUGAUGAUCAAUUCUUGCAUGUUCUCAGUCAGACCUCCUAGGUUUUUGUCUUAAUCUCAGCCACCAUGCCUACCCUAUCACCCAUGUGGCAAUGCCUGAUCACCAUGAAAAAAACGCCCCUGCUCUCAUCCUCCUAUACUGACCAAACCUCCAUGACUUCUUUUUCUGAGGCAAAAUUGGAGGAUAAAAAGACUAUUACUGGCUCUUAGUUUUCUUCCCCAAGGCCUUAUACCCUGCUGCAGACUCAGUUUGCAGCGAGAUGCAGAAUCAUCUCAAAAUGGCUGACGUGAAGUAGUUUGCACCUGACAGACAAGAAGAGCUCUUGCAGACAUGGAUCACGUGUUUCAUGGGGGCUGCUUAUCCUGUAACAACUUUUCUCAUCUACAAAUGUUGGCCAUAAAUGUACUUCACACCACUCACACAUAGCUACACAAAUGCAGUCUUUAUUCCCAAGGAGAGUGAAUAGUUCACUCACUUUCAGUAUUUUUAUUCCUUCUUUAAACAGCGAGAAAGCAGCAGUAAAGACAUGGAUCCAGAUGUAGUGGACUUGUGUGACUAUUCGACUGUCUCUGCAAUUAAGAGUCUUAAGGGAAAAUGUUCUGGCUGUUGUUUGGUUUCAGGGCUAAUUUUGAGGAUGGGGGGGGUUAUGUAUAUUUGCUUCUAUUUAUUUGUCACACUUUACCUUUUUAGCUAAUAACAUGUUUACUUGUUAAUCCAAUUGUUUCUGACGAUGUGGCUGCACAAGUAAUGAUUGUGAUGCUUGAUAGAUUUUGCUGAAUGUUUCCAGUUGAAAUGGUGCAAGAUUUUUGUGAAACUGGACCUUAAAUUGUAUAAGUUCUUUGACUCCAACGACAUAACUUCAGACAAGGUAUGAUAACAUAUUCUUGGCUAUUCCUAGCAGUAAAAAACUAAUAAUAACCAUUCUUUUACAUUUAAACUAGUAUAUCACUAUUACUAAGUCAUGUUUACUUGUAGAUGUGUAACUUUGCUCUAGAGACUACCAGGUCAUCUGCCUCUCCUUCUCCACUGAUACCAUCAACAGACUUAUGCUAAAUUGCCAUUUAAAUGCCUGUUUUACCAUCAAAAUAUCUUUUUUUCUUUCAUUCUGAAUGUGAAGAGAAGUGAUGACUUGAUUCAUGUUUUAUUGGCUCUGUUAUGCCAGCCAGGUUCAAGCAGUUACCAAAACAAUACUGCUAAUAUGCCAUUUGUCUUUCAAUUAAGACCCCAUCACGAUGAUAGGCUUGUCUUAUUACUGAUCUUGCUCUUGGAUGAAAGGAAAAAUGAGGGUCAGAUGUAUGCAUAGCAAGAAUUUGUUACCUCCAGUAAGUUAAAAGCAAGUGAGAGACAGAAGGUCACAAGUCAUCCCUGAUCACAUCAUACUGGGGACAGAAAGGGUCCAAAGCUUUAUGGCUUCAAUUAAACCUGAAAAAAGAUACAACCCUUUAAUAGAGACUUGAACCACUGAUGCAUUAAUGGUAAAUAUGUAUUUUCUUUGCAGGAAAAAUAAAAGGCUACAAUGAAAGUAUUAACGGGCAAAUAAGCUGCCAGAGACUGAUCAACUACAACUAGUGAAAAGACAGGUGAAGUUGCAGCUGGAGCUGUGCUAUGUCAAAGCCUCACAUGUGGGUGUAUUCAAGGCUAAAAUCAACUACUUUACUGAUUGCUUUUUUUUGGUAAGGUAGGAUAACAGGGCAGAAAUGCUGAUGUAUGCUGUUAAAAUGACUCAAACUUUGUUGAAUGGCAUUUUGGUUUGGACAAACUAGUGUUACCCUGGAAAUUGCUCCGAGUUUGUUUGGCACUGAAGCUGUGAUUGACGUUUUAAAGAACAAGUAAACCCCAGU